GGAACUUCUCCCAGUUCCGUCUCCUCGAAUAUUUCUUACCGUGACAGACGACAAAAUAGCGUUGACAGAAUGAGCGAUUGUCGACUAGCAACUUUACUCCGCAAUUGUACUUGACAGCGUAUGCUGUCAUGAUCCCUGUUAGUCGCAGAGCCAAGUUGAGUCCUCAAUAUUUCGUGUUUAGUUGGCACAUCAUACAUGCUUGAUGGUGCCCAAGGCACAGUUUACAUACGUCUAGUCGUCACCUUGGCCGAAUAUUGGAUCAGAAACUCGUUACUUCUACUGGCAUUUGCCACGUUCCUGGCUUGGUCUUUUGUCACCAAGUACAUAAACUCUGUAAAAGGAUUCAUGAGUAAGGGAAAGUUCUGUGCCACUUCUAAUGGGGAUUGUUUCAGUCCCGCUCUGCCUCCAACAACUUACAGUGGAAUAAGAACGAAGGGCGGCGCACUACAUGUUCUCCAUAUAUGGAGUCUCUUAUUCGAACCUUCCGUUCUAGAGUCUUGGCUGUUAUUGUGUCUGGUGGUGCUCGAACAUCGGUCUUUCUUCAAAUAUCUAAUCUCGAUAAUCCCUGGCUCUGAUGCCUGAACUUUGUUGGAAGAUACCGAGCACUCAAGUCAUCGGACCGUAGUUUAGGUACUGUUGCUAAAACGCGAUACAAGUCCACUUUGUGUACCAGUGUAUGCUAUUUUAAUGUCAUGAAGUCCCAC